UAAGACGACGAUAACACUCGGAUGUCCCAUUUCCGCGAGCGCGAGCAGCGACGCGGCCCCUUCAUGGCAGCCUCGCGGCGGCCAUCUUUUUUCUUCUGUUUAGUUCGUGAGGAGAGAGAACAAUCGAGCGUUCGUCUCAUUCGAAUAUCGCAGUCAGGUGAUCACGCCGUCAUGGAUCAGGAGGACUAUCUAACGAUACUAAAGAUUCUCAUGAUAGGCGAAUCUAACGUAGGAAAAUCGAGCAUACUCCUGAGAUUCACCGAGGAUGAAUUCUAUGAAAAUAUGCAGAGCACAGUUGGUAUGGACUACAAAACCAAACAGAUCUCCAUCGAUGGCAAUGUUGUGAAGCUCGCAAUUUGGGAUACCGCGGGUCAAGAACGAUUUCGUACUUUAACACCAAGCUAUUACAGAGAUGGCCAAGGUGCUAUUUUAAUGUACGAUGUUACAGAUCGAAAUACUUUUGUAAAAUUAGAGACAUGGCUCAACGAGUUAAAUACGUACUGUAAUAAAACGGACAUUGUCAAAAUGGUAGUAGGUAAUAAAAUAGACUUACCAAACAGAGAAGUAAGCACCGAGGAAGGCCUGCAGUUUGCUAGAAGACAUCAGACCCUGUAUAUUGAGAGCAGUGCAAAAACGGCAGAUGGUGUGAAAUGUUGCUUUGAGGAACUCGUACAAAAAAUAAUACAAACACCUGGUCUUUGGGAUACUCACUCAGCCCGAUUGUAUGACAACGGCACCAUGGGUGUUGCAAGGCAUCGAAUGGGAAAAAGGGGAAUGCAGUUGGGUGUCAACGAUCAUCAACAGCAGGACAUGUAUUCAAAUUGUUACUGUAGCCUGCUAUAAUCGACUGUGAAUAUACGGAAAGUUCAUACGCUUGCUACGACGAACGUGUACACGUGUACAGUGUACACACUGUUUGACGCGGGAAAUAAAUCUGAGAAACAUCGCGUGUAACGCGAAAGAGACUGGAUACAGUACAUCAUCGCUUUAAACAUGCUACAGAUAUUAUUCAGAUAUUAUCAAAACUUAUCGAGAGAUCUGCAUGUAUUUGCUUGUAACACGUACGGAUUAUUGUUAGAUACCAUUAACAUAUGGAAUAAGAAUCUUGAAUUUACUGCGUUCAUGUAAAUACAUUGUACUAUUUACAGAUGUACCGUAAGGAAAAGGCCGUAGUGUUCGAUGAGAUGUUUGUACGAAUAGUUCCGUUAUUCACAUUUUUGUACAAGUAGCGGUAGCUCAAACAUUUUUAAAGCCUUUCCGAUUGUUUUUUUAUAUUCUGCACAAUACGCGUGCGCUUGACGCAUAUCGUUGUUACAUCCGGAGAACGUGUAUCAUACUGUAAAAAUGUAUCUAAGGAUUCUGCUUCGCUACUUUGUCUAUAUUAUGUGCUAAUUUUUAGACCGUACAGCAUGUGUCGCGUUGGAAAUAUAUACUAUGCCGUUGGAAUGUAUACUAGCGGCGAGUAUGUACUUUAUCAGGAGAUCUCUACACAUCACGGUGAUAUCUAAGUAAUAUUGUGCAUUAUUAUAUUAUAUAAUUUAUUCGUUUGUAAAUAUAACAUUUUCUGGA